AUGGCUCCCCCGCUCAGAGGCAGAGGCUCGAACUGGAGUCCUCGAACCUUGACUGCCCCCAUUGCUGCCGUUGUCAUGGCUGGACUCUUAUAUACCUACUCUGUGACCUCAAUCCGAGCCGCAAAGAGAAAUGCGAAGUUACAUCGAGAAGCCGAUGGAGGUCAGCUGGACAUGCGACGUGAAAGCUUACGCAGGCACGGUGUUCUUGAUCAGGUUGAAGGCACUUCCGACUUUCAACUCCUCAGAGAUGCCAGAGCCAAAGAUAAAGAAGAGUCUCAGAUGCUAGGAGACAAGCAAGCCAGACCCUUGGGGUCGGCAAUACAAGAGGAAGCUGGCGCACCACGGUCAGCCACCGAAGAAGUUCUUGAGCGCUACCGAGGACGCGGAGCCUUGAAAACUCUCAAGGACGAACGUCCUGAGGAAUAA